AUGGCUUCUACACUUACUACUACUACUACUCCAACAUAUAAUGCUGAAGAUCAAAGUGACACCACAUUCUCAACUCCAGUUUUCCGGCCGACGACUCGCCGGAGCCCAUCUCUCUCCUCUUCCCCAUCUCACUCUUCCAACUCUUCCUUUGGUUCAUCACUCUCUUUUCAUGAUCUUGAAAAUUCCCCUUUUAGCCCAACUACUCCUUUUCAAUUCUCAAAAGGUGUACCUUUUUCUUGGGAGCAAAUUCCUGGUAUUCCAAAACAAAAAAUUUCCAGAAAAAACAGCUUUUCUUUAGGCCAACUCCUUCCAUUGCCACCACCAGCUGGAAAUACUCCAAAUUCAUCCAAGAAAAAUAGUUUUUUUUAUGAGUUUUCUCCCAAAAAAUGUGCUAAUAAUGAAAGCUUUAAAAAAGAUCCAUUUUUUGCAGCAUUUGUGGAAUGUUCCAAAGAUGAUAUUCAACAACAAUAUGAUAAGAGUUUUGGUCAUGGCAUUUGGAGAAGUUCUUCUAAGGUACCAUCAAUAAGAAGUUUAAGUGAUAGAUUUGGAUUCAUUAGCAUGUAUUCUUCUUGCAAAACCACCUGUACUGUUUCUGAAUCCAUUGAUUAUCUUCCAAGAUCAAGAUAUUAUCGUCGGAACUAG